UGACUAUCCGCUGAUAAUAUCAGCCGCUCUACACUCGUUCUCCCGGGAGCCCGACUGGCUUAGCUCCUUUGCCGAUAUCUGGACGGAUCUCUAACGCACUUCGGGUCAUCCCGCGGGCCGGAGGGUUCUCAAGUGGCUUCGGGGACAAGACGAGAAAGCAUGCCUUAGCCCCGGCCUCCGCCUUCUGUCUCGAUUUUGAAGACUGUACCAGGGCACGCCGUGGUCGGAGCGGCAAAGCUUGGAAUCUUGGAACCUUGGACCUGUACUCUCGAUGCAAACACCGUCUUUGGCAUUUGACUCCAGAUACUUGGCCGUGUGAAAUCGGCCAAGCUCACCUGACAGAUGCCAUGGUUGUUCAGCUCGAAACUCUCAGCCAGGGUCCGUUCGGGAAGUACGGGCCGAGUCACUACCGGGACAUUCCCUCUGAUAGUGACGAGGAGGGAAAAGGAUUCGGUGCCGACUUCUUCCAAAGGCAAACCAUAUCCGACCUGAAAGAUGGUCUCUCCAGCAAAUGCUCCAAUCAUCGAAGCCCUCACCUCCACGGCUCGUGCAAGUAUGCCCAUGAGCCGGUCGUCGCAGUCAUGCCGACACCGUUGGUGAAGCCUCCGUCCAACAACUCGGGUUCUUCCCCGCCAACUACACCUAGAAGCGGUGAAUCCUUGGCCUCUACUGAAUCCCCCACUUCCCCGUCGACUUUCUCCUUCAAGCAGCUAUCCCCGGUGGCGAACGAAAGCUUUUCUUUCCCAAGCAGGCAGCCCGGAGCCUUGCGGAAUACCUUCAAGCGACGCCGACCUGUCACAGAUGUUGAUGGACCCAACACAGCUUCGUUGGGAUGCAAGAAGCGGCGACUCCGAAGGCGUCUCAUCACGUCGAAGCUAUCACAACCCUUCUCUCUGCCCGCAACACACGUCAUUAACCGGGAAGCUGCUGCAAUGGGAGACAAGCGGUUCCUCAAGCUGGCGGCUCUUUCAGCUGCUCGGCGCUUGCACGGUGCGACAGCACCGAAUCCCCAGCAUCAUCACGCUAGCCCCUCCUCACUCCUGCUUAGAGCAGCGGUGAUCAACAGGUUUAGGCUCAGGGUUCGGAACGAGGCAGUAGAAAGGGGGGAUAUCAAGGUCGCCGACAUCGCCGCCAAUGCCGCCCUUUUGCAGCAGAGUCAUGGCCUGGGGCUGGUGGUUGGAGCUCGAUUUCCCGCGACCUCACCCGCGACCCCUGUUGGCCUUGCGAUACACGCGCAACGCGGACCACAGCAGAACCUUCCACGUGUCCUCCCGAGUGCUGCGGUCGAGGCGCGGCUAUUGUCCCCUGGAAUAUCCCCUGUCAGACCGAUAGGUUGUGGCCCGGCAGGUUUGAGACUGCCACCAUCGCCGAGACUCAGACCCAUCCGCUCGCCCGAGCUCAGGACAACAAGACCACCCAGUGACGUUGAGGAGGAGUACGAGAUGGAUGACGGGGAGGUGGCCUUUCCAAAUUCGGAGCACGACAGCCGCUAUGACUCGUCGGACGAACCAGACGAUGUGUAUGCCGACUUCGAGCUCAUAUUCGGCGGUGGGGCUGGCGACGCGGAAUCAUCGGAUGAAGAGGGCGAACACUACGAGGAUGUCAUGGAUGAGCUCGAUGGCAUCCCUUGGAGGGCUAGGUGAGAGAAGGGUUGGGAGAUAGCUUUCCCUCCCUUCCCUCCCCCGCCCAGGACCUAGAAGCGUCCUU